GGGGCUUUCUAUAAAUAGCUCUGCAUGCUUGGUUCAGUCAGCAUCCGGGCAAGAAUUAGCGCUCUCUCUCUUUCUCUCUCUCUCACUCUCACCACCAGCAGCAGACCAGCUCACCCUCACCUGAUCGAUCGAUCACCGUACGCACGUACGUGACCACCAUGAGCUCCUCCGGCCCGCGCGGUGUUCGUCGAGAGUACGGCCGGACCUAUGUGGUCAGGCCCAAGGGGAGGCACCUGGCCACCAUUGUCUGGCUCCAUGGCAUAGGCGACAACGGAAACAGCUGGUCCCAGGUCCUGGGUAAUCUCCCGUUGGAUAAUGUCAAAUGGAUUUGCCCUACCGCGCCAACGCGGCCCGUAGCGGCUUUCGGUGGUUUUCCAUGUACAGCAUGGUUCGAUGUGGAGGAGACUUCGGUUGACGGCCCCGACGACGUCCAAGGGCUGGACGCAUCCGCCGCACACAUAGCAAACCUGCUGUCGUCCGAGCCCUCCGACGUGAGGCUUGGGAUAGGCGGUUUCAGCAUGGGAGCUGCCACUGCCCUCCACUCUGCCGCAUGCUAUGCGCACGGAAGGUUCUCAAACGGGGUUGCGUACCCUAUUACCCUCAGCGCCAUCAUUGGGUUAAGCGGCUGGCUUCCCUGCUCCAGGACCCUGAGGACCAAGAUUGAGAGCUCACAGACUGCUUUUAGGAGGGCCGCUGCCUUGCCGAUUAUGCUUGGCCAUGGAAGAGGCGACGAGGUAGUCACGUACAGAAACGGCGAGAGGUCGGCCGAGUUUCUGCGUAACUCGGGCUUUUCGUACCUGAAUUUCAAAGCCUACAACGGACUGGGCCAUCACACCAUCCCGGAGGAAAUGGACGAUGUCUCCAAGUGGCUCAGGGCAAGGCUCGGGCUUGAUCGCUCUUGCGGCUAAGGGGAGAAGCUUGUGCCUUGGUGGCUGACACAUGACAUGAAAGAAAAGUAUUGACACUAUAGAGGAGAAGGUUGAUAUAUAUAUAAUCAGAUUCCAUCGCCCGAGAAGGUUGAUAUAUAUAUAAUCAUAGGUUAAUCAUAUGAAGAGAUCACGACCGGCAUGGGUUGAUAUAUAAGUCCUCACUACUGAAUUUCAUGUUACACUUAUAUUGUACUAGUAAGAGUUGUACCACAGUUAUAUUGUUUUGAUUGACUACACCAGUAAUUUAUGACGCAUGCGUUCUAUA